ACGCCGCGCUCUCCUUGGUUGCCGCCCAGGCCGGCAGCAGCGCCUCGCUCUUAGUUCUCUUCCGGACAACAACAAUGGCGGACCCCGCGGACACAGCUCCAUCCUCUGCCUCCCACGGCCCUCCGGCUGGUGACGGCUCCCAGCGCCUCCUUUUCUCUCACGAUUUGGUGUCUGGCUGUUACAGGAGCCACACCCGCUUCGGCCUGGUGCGCCUCAUCCACGGAGAGGACUCGGAUUCUGAGGAAGAGGAUGAUGUGCUGCCGGGAGAGGAUGAGAGCGCCACUGGGGGUCGGAAGAAAGCAGCUAGUGGCAUUGCGGGAGGAGGAGGAGGGAGCCCAGGCUCUGAGCCGCCGGUCAGCAGGUUCGGCCCACUGAAGAGAGGCUUUGUGCGGGUGCAGUGGUACCCAGAGGGCAUCAAGCAGGACGUCAGGGAAAACAAGUUAAAACUGGAAGACCGGUCGCUGGUUCCCAGAGAUGUUGUACGUCGAAUGAGCACAAAAGACAGCCAAUGCGGCACAGUGAUCGAUGUAAACAUAGAGUGUGUGGUGAAAGUGGUGGGGACCAACUGCUUCCUCCACCCAGUCAACAGCAAGGAGCUGCACCAUAUCUGGCCUAUCAUGUACGGGGAUUAUAUUGCUUAUGAUUGCUGGCUGGGCAAAGUGUACGAUUUGAAGAACCAGGUCCUCCUCAAGCUUUCCAACGGAGCCAGAUGUUCUAUGAGCACUGAGGAUGCAUCCAAACUGUACGAUGUCUGCCCCCAUGCCAGCGACUCGGGGCUGUUCUUUGAUGACUCUUAUGGCUUUUAUCCUGGUCAAGUACUAAUCGGCCCCUCCAAGGUGUUCUCCAGUGUGCAGUGGCUUUCUGGGGUCAAGCCUGUUCUGAGUGCCAAGAGCAAGUUUCGUGUGGGGGUGGAAGAGGUGCAGGUAACCGAACUACGAGUUACUUGGAUUACGAAAAGCUUUUGUCUUGGGGGUGCGGAUUCCAUGGACCCACCACCCUCUGUGAUUACUCAGGAGAACCUGUCUAGAGUGAAAAGACUGGGCUCCUUUGACCAUACGCAAAGGCAGCUAGGUGAGAGGUGUCUGUAUAUCUUUCCAACUAAAGUGGAACCCACAAAAAUUCUAUGUGAAAGUCUUGAGAAGAACUGCUUGCUGGGAGAGGUUACAGUUACCAGAAAGCAAGUGGACAAGCUACGGGAGAAGCAGAUAGUCAAGAUAAUUUCAUGUACCCAGGAUCCCUCUAACCCUAGCGAACUCCUAAAAAAAAACUCCUAUGUACCACCAACCUCUGAAAUAUCAGCUGAGAAAGGAACAGAGGAAGUCCUUGUCUCUGGUGAGCUGGAAGUAGAGCCCCCUGAGGAACCAAACAUUCAGGAGUGCCCAACCAAAGAUCAUCCUUUGGGCACCUUCCAGGAAAUAUUCCAGGGUCUCCAGCUGCAUUCCUCAGAACAAGAUGCUGAUGAUGAAGCCGCAGUGGACACUGAUGACACAAGUUCUGUGACUUCCUCCGCCAGUUCUACAACAUCUUCCCAAAGUGGCAGUGGGACUGGGCGCAAGAAAAGCAUUCCCCUGUCCAUCCGAAAUCUUAAGAAGAAACAUAAGAAGAAGAAAAAGAGCAAAGUGUACAAAGAAUUCAAACAUGGUGAUCGAGUGGCUGUAGAGGUUAUAACUACUGUGACCACAGCUGAUGUCAUGUGGCAAGAUGGGAGCAUUGAGACCAACAUCCGGUCAAAUGAAUUGGUGCCAAUCCAGCAUCUGGAUAACAAUGAAUUCUGCCCAGGCGACUUUGUAAUUGACAAGAGAGCCCAUGCUGCCCAGGAUCCAAGUAUAUAUGGUGUGGUUCAGUCUGGGGAUCACACGGGACGUACUUGUGUGGUAAAGUGGAUCAAGCUCAAUUCACAAGGGGAUGAUGCUGAAGUUGUUGGGGAAGAGGAGGAUGUCAGCGUGUAUGACAUCGUUGACCAUCCAGAUUUCCGAUUUAGAGCCACAGACAUAGUAAUCCGCAUUGGCAGCACUGAUCCAGAAGCCUUCCCUGAUGCCAGCCAGCCCUCAGUGGGACAGGUGGCUCAUGUGGAUGUGAGCAGCAAGGUAGAAGUGAUCUGGGCUGAUAAUUCCAGGACAAUUGUCCUUCCUCAGCAUUUGUAUAAUGUGGAAUCAGAGCUGGAGGAAUCUUUUUAUGACUCUGUGGAUAGCAGCUCCAGUGGAGCAUCAUCUGAUGAAUGGGAAGAUGAGAGUGACAGCUGGGAAACUGACAAUGGGCUGACAGAAGAUGAGUUCCCUCGGGCAGCAGGGGAGGAGGCUGCAGCUGCACAGAAUGAGACCACCCCUGCAGAGCCGUCACAAGAACCUGUGCAAGAUGUGGCUGAACAAAAUUCUGCAUCAGCUGCAGCCGCAGAUCUGGGAGUUCUAGGACUCAGUGUGAAAGUGAACGAGAAGGAAGGAAUUGUGAAGAGCUUUAAAGAACUUAAGGAAGCUAUCAAAAUUCUUGAGAGCCUAAAGAACAUGACAGUAGAACAGCUGCUUACCGGCUCCCCAACCUCCCCCACGGUAGAGCCAGAGAAGUUUACCCGAGAAAAAAAGUUCCUGGAUGAUAUCAAGAAGCUGCAAGAGAACCUCAAAAAAACUCUAGAUAAUGUGGCAAUAGCGGAGGAGGAAAAGAUGGAGUCGGCACCCGAGUCUGAAAAGGAGGAAAAAGCUGAAGCUCAGACGCCUGUCCGUUCAGAAUGGCCAAGUGAUACCCCUGUAUUGUGCCAGCAGAGUGGUGGUAAACCUGGAGUUAUCUUCACCAGUGCCAAGGGGGAAGUGUUCUCUGUGCUUGAAACUGCACCUGAGACUCACGCCUUUAAGAAACUGGAGUUCCAAGCACCAGAAGCGAAGAAGUUCUUCAGUACCGUGCGCAAAGAGAUGGCUCUUCUGGCUACUUCCCUCCCCGAUGGCAUUAUGGUGAAGACCUUUGAAGACCGAAUGGAUCUCUUCUCUGCAUUUAUUAAAGGACCAACACGCACACCAUAUGAGGAUGGCCUCUUCUUGUUCGACAUGCAGCUUCCCAAUAUAUACCCGGCAGUGCCCCCUCUGUUCCGUUACUUGUCUCAGUGCAGCGGGAAGCUAAACCCAAACCUCUAUGACAAUGGGAAAGUCUGUGUCAGUCUACUGGGGACCUGGAUAGGAAAGGGUACAGAGAGGUGGACCAGCAAGUCCAGUCUCCUGCAGGUGCUAAUAUCUAUUCAAGGCCUUAUUUUAGUGAAUGAGCCGUACUACAAUGAAGCCGGUUUUGACAGUGACCGUGGCUUACAGGAAGGCUAUGAGAACAGCCGAUGUUUCAACGAGAUGGCGCUUAUUCGUGUAGUUCAGUCCAUGACGCAACUACUACGGAAGCCAGUGGAGGUCUUUCAACAGGAAAUCUGCGAGCAUUUUAAGAGCAAUGGUUGGCGCCUGGCCCAUCGCAUAGAGAACUGGUUAGAAACCAACUCAAUGGUAGAAAGGGGAGGCGAGCUUAAAAAUGGGCAGGAGCACCCGUGUAUAGUGCCAUACAGCCCUACUGAGCCAGAGUGCACCCCAGAAGCAACUCUUGAUUCCAAGGACCUGGAUGAUUCUGGAUGUGGUGCCUCCACCAUGUCACCUGGGGAAUCCCAGCCACUCUCUGACUUGGAAAGCACAAGCAAAGGCGCUACGGGAGGUGGUAGCCUCUCAGAAGAGCCAAGAGGGGCAGCCGGUGGUGGGCAGCCCAGUGUUAAACCAAAGAAGCGCCGAAAGAGCUAUCGUAGCUUCCUUCCUGACAAACGAGGCUACCCUGAUAUUGGAUUUCCCCUCUUCCCCUUGUCCAAGGGCUUCAUCAAGAGCAUUCAGGGUGUUCUGGCUCAGUACAAAGCUUCCCUCUUGGAAGCCGGCAUCUCAAAGCCUCGAGGAGACAGACUGACACUACCAUUAUAAGGACGAAAGUGGAGUAGCGGGGGGGACCCUACAUUCCUACCCAGUUCAACCCAUACAUCCUCUCAUCCCCUAUAUUUCCCACUGCCAUGUGAGCCUCCUACAGGCCAUGAGCCUCCUACAGGCGGUCUGCAGUACCUCACAACCUAAAAUUUUAGCCUCUCGUUGGUAGAAGCUAACACCAAUGAAGACUUUAAUUCUACUAAUAAACCUCCCUAAUCCCCCGCUGUCCAUUUAUUUUCCUAUGUCCAGUUUCCUUGCUCCUAUCAUACCGUGGAGACCACCUUGCUGCUAUGGGACAGAAAAUUGAUCUUCUUGCAGGAAGAGAGACCCGUAUCACAUCAUUUUUGCAAAGAUGCUCUCGUAAAGCUAUGUACUGAGAUGUUAUCUCAAGGCUAUAAGCUGCUUACUGAACACAUCAAGUUGUUGCCAUUGGAAGGGCAUCCAUAGCUAGUUUGCCCAGUUAAUAGGGGUGGUGGAACACAACAUGGCGUCUAAAUUUAACAGGUACUCCAUCGAAGGACUUAAAAUGUCUCAACUUUCUGGGCUGGACCCACGUCUGACAGAAGCCUUACGCAUAUUAUAUUGUACUCCGAGGUCUAAGAAUGGUUAUUUACCAAUGGCUUGAGGCAUGUGUGACACGUCUUCCUUGAGUUCUGUGACAUUUAAAGAGAAACGCAGCUUUUGUCUCAACUUUCUAACUAACGCAGAAGCGCACGGCAGACUCGAUUCCCCAAUGAACCCAAACGUGGUGUUGCUGCUUGUUAUGGGAGCUUGCAGCAACUGGAAGGCCUGAUAUCCUGGGGUCGGCACAUCUGUGUGAGUUAGAAAUUCGAUAUUGGUUUGCAGGUGUCGCAUCAAUUAAGUGUGCAGAUGUUGGAAUUGUAUAACCUCAAUCUCAUUCAUUAUCAGGGCUACGGGGUUGCACCAGAUGGGAAAGGGACAAUGUUGGGGGCAUGCUUGUCAUUAAAGGGAGCAUCUGCUUUUAAACCCUCGUUGGGAUCAUUGGUGACCUGUUCUUAAUGUCCCCAGUGCCUGCAGUGGUUUUAUUAUGCCUGGAUUCUCAUGUUAAAUUGAAUUGCGUGCUAGAGUGAUGCCAUUAUUGGCCCAGUCUAAUGUUUAAGGUUAAAGAACUAGGGCAGUGGGAGGAUACUUACAUUCAGGCAUGUUUACAAGAGUUUUAUUUCAUGUUUGGUUUUCUAUCUCUGAAAUAUGUGAAUUUAAUUUAUGUCAGGGGAAUGGCUGCUGUCGCUCUCUCGCCCUGUCUGUAAUGCUGUCAUGUUUCCGGCUGUAUAUGUCAUAUUUGAGGGUAUGAAAAUAAAAUAAACUAUUUUAAAAAGGUGCAGAGAGAUGAGCGAGUGUUACUUUUGGGUUGAUGUAGUCUACAUGAUGUAAAGCAGGAAUGCCCAGCUUGUGGAGGUUCAGAUGUUGUUGCAAGGCAAUAGGGUUGGGUUCUGGGUAGAAAAUACCCGAUUCCCUGACCGUAUGGGUAGUCCGCGGGUAACCCAGCAAAUGUGCGGGACCCUCCUUGGUGCUGCAAGGAAAUUUUAUGUACUUUUCCAGAUGAAUGGGCCUUAGAGUGACGUCCCUUUUGGUCCGAGAUGAUGUCACUUCCAGUUUCACGGGUCCCGGGUCGGGUGGUAAGUUUAACUUAUAGGGUCCAGGUCGGUUAGUGGCUCUGGGGAGGGGAAUGUGUUAGCUGGCAGGUCCAGGUCAGGUUAGAAGUCAGUGGGUUUAGGACCCAAUCUAUCCCAGAAUUCCACAGCUGAAUCGCCGCAAGCUGGACGUCACUUGAACAAUAAUUAGAAAAGGCAAUGUAGCUCCCCCUUCUCCCCUGAGAUCCUCAUUUCUUGUCUCAUGACGGGUGCUUCCAUUUUUAUUUGCAACCCUCCACUGCUCCCCCUAUCCUCCCUGUGACAUAAGUGCAUGUAGAGCUCCGCAAGCCCUGAGUGAAUGGAAUUCUCUCUCGAUACCAAAUUUUCCACAUUCAAUAAUAAAGCAUGGGUUGGGCUGCUCACUCCUCACUCAUGUCAAUAUUGCACAGAAUCUCAGGACUGAAGGGGUUCUAAACCUGCAGAUAACCCUUAAAAUACCCUCUCCCCCCAUUAUGGAAAAACGUACAGUAUUUCAAUGCUGGAACUGAUUUGGAACCAAAAUGCUUUAUAGUUAUACUGCGUGCUGGUGCGUGUGUGCUGAUUAUUUCUUUUUUUUUCCAUUUGCUAAUUUAAUGUAAAAAAAAAAUCUGGAUUGUUAAAUUAAAGAUUGUUUUGCUGAA